ACGCUUUCAAACGUCUCUUAUCUCUGUUCGUCGUCUUUCCGUCCGCCCCCAACGAAGAUCCGCGAGAAUGAAAAUGCUAUGCGGUACUUUUAGCAGAUAACAAUAUUAUUAUUUUGUGCAUCUCCUUGAAGAUCAGACCUUUCAAUCUGCCGUUUCUCUCACUUCUUGUUUGGCGAUGUUCUCCAAGCUUUUUAAUAAGUCACCUCGAUCUUCUCAGCAUGAUAUACCCCAGGAAAAUGUGAUACAUCCACGUGUUGGUGUUCAUUAUGGCAUCCCAUCAAGUGCCUCGAUCCUUGCUUUUGACCAUAUCCAGCGCAUUUUAGCAAUAGGGACACUAGAUGGGCGGAUUAAAGUUAUUGGUGGUGACAAUAUUGAAGUUAUUCUUUUCUCUCCCAAAUCAUGUCCAUUCAAACACUUAGAGUUCUUGGAAAACCAAGGAUUUCUAGUGAGUGUUUCAAACGAAAAUGAAAUCCAGGUCUGGGAUCUUGAGAAUAGGCGUGUAGCUUCCAGUUCGAAGUGGGAAUCAAAUAUAACUUCCUUUACUGCUAUAUAUGGAACUCAAUAUAUGUAUGUGGGAGAUGAGUUUGGAUUCUUAUCAGUUCUCAAGUAUGACAAUAAGGAAGGAAAAAUUAUUCAUUUGCCAUAUCAUCUUCCUCAGAAUAUUGUUGAGGAUGCUGCUGGCAUUUCAUCAUCCAGUUGUCAGUCCAUUGUUGGCGUACUUCCUCAGCCUUGUUCCAGUGGAAACAGAGUUCUGAUUGCAUUUGAGAAUGGAUUAAUCAUUCUCUGGGAUGUCACUGAAGACCGGGCAGUUAUUGUCAAAGGCACUAAGGAUCUCCAACUGAAGGAUGAUAAAGUUAUUUAUUCUCCAGAAGGGGUUACCAAGGAAGAGUUGGUUGAUUCCUCUGUCGAUGAACAGACUGAAAAGGAGAUAAGCUCUCUCUGUUGGGUAUCAUCUGAUGGAUCAAUUCUUGCUGUUGGUUAUGUAGAUGGAGAUAUUUUGUUAUGGAACUUGUCAACUGAUAGCAAAAAUCAAGCAGCUAAUAAUGUUGUUAAGCUACAGACAUCAUCAGCCAAGAAACGAUUGCCAGUUAUUGUCUUACAUUGGUCCUCAAGCAGAGGACAUACUGAUCAUGAUGGACGCCUUUUUGUUUAUGGAGGUGACGAAAUUGGAUCUGAAGAAGUUCUCACGAUCCUCAGUCUUCAUUGGUCUUCUGGUGUAGAAACUUUUAAAUGCAUUCAUCGUGUAGACCUCAGGCUUAAUGGGUCUUAUGCGGAUAUGGUUCUGGUGCCAAAUGUUAGUGCAAAGGAGAAAACAGAUGCAUCUUCACUUUUUGUAUUGAGCAGCCCCGGCCAUUUGCAUUACUAUGAUGAUUCCUGCAUUGCUUCCUUAGUUUCCAAGUCAGAUAAGAAGCAUUCUAUUGAUCCCCUACAAUAUCCUAUGGUUGUGCCAACUGUUGACCCAUGUAUGACUGUGUGUAAGAUGAGCUCAGAACUUAAAGAAGGGAGUCUUUCAGCAAUCCAUCCAGAGGGCCAGACAGUUUCAGCAGCUAAACAUAAACAAAUGCAUCACAUUAGCCAAAGCAGUCAGUGGCCCAUCACUGGUGGUGUUCCUAGCCAACUGUUCUCUGGAAAGAACAAUAUUAAAAGAAUAUUUAUAGCAGGCUAUCAAGAUGGAUCUGUUCGAGUAUGGGAUGCCACAUAUCCUACUUUAUCACUUAUUUUGCUUUUAGGAUCUGAGGUGGAUGGCAUUGAACUUGCUUUGGCAAAUGCCAUGGUAUCGGAACUGGCUUUAUCAUCCCAUUUAGCUCUCGCUGUUGGGAAUGAACAUGGAGUGGUUCGCCUUUAUAGUCUAAUGGGGAGUUCAGAUGAAACAAAACAGUGUCAUUAUGUAACCGGCACAAAACAUGAAGUUCAUGAUUUUGAUUACAAGGAUGGGGCCCGUGUUACUGCUAUAUUCACACUGAUUGAUUCCCCUAUACGUUCUCUCUUUUUUUCAUCCUCUGGAGAGAGAUUGGUAGUAGGAUUUGAGUGUGGUCAGGUUGCACUGCUUGAUGUCAUUUCAUCAGAAGUUAUAUUCCUUACGGAAUCUUUAUCAACUCCAAGCUCCACAAUUGUAUCCCUUGCUAUAGGAACAGUUCCAUAUGCUCCUAACAACUCUUCUGAUCACUCUAAUGCUGAAACUUCAGUUAGAUCCCAAACGGAAGUAGUUUUUGUCCUGAUGAGUAACUCUCAAAUUAUUGCUUUGGACACAACUGGCCAUGCUAUCAUCUCUUUGCCGAUUCACUCAAAGGCGUCCAAUGCAGUCUCAAUCUGUUUAUUAGGGGACAUUUUUGCCCCUUCUGAUGUAUCCAGUGAAGAGCACUCAUCAGUCUCGUCUCAGGAUACAGACAUAUUGGCAAAAAAGAGCUUAGAACCUGAAUUCAGUGCACUUGAGAGCCAGUCAGAUGCUUCAACUCAAGCAAAGCGGUCGGAGGAAAUAUCUUUAAAGUCAUAUUUUCUGCUUAGCUCUGAGGAUUCAUUGCGUCUAUACUCACUAAAAUCACUGAUGAAGGGGGAGAACCAACCUGUGUGUGAAGUGAGUAUUGGAAAACAAUGUUGUCAUACAAUGAUUUUCAAGAAAGACGGGAGACCCUACGGACUGAUAUUAAUAUAUCAGACGGGAAUGAUAGAGAUAAGGACUCUGCCAGAUCUUAAAUCAGUGGGUAACAGCUCUAUGACAGCUCUUCUUAGAUGGAACUUCAAGAACAACAUGAACAAGACAAUAACUUCUUCUGAUUCCGGGAUGAUAACAUUGGUAAAUGCGGGAGAAUUUGCUUUGAUAUCUCUUUUGGCUUUCGAAAAUGAUUUAAGAAUUCCUGAGGCUUUGCCAGCCCUUCAUGAUAAAGUUGUUGAAGCUGCAGCAGAUGCUGCCUUGAAUUUGUCUCAAUUUCAGACAAAAAAACAGGAAUCUAUUCAGGGAGUUCUUAGUGGACUUAUAAAGGGUCUCAAGAGAGAGAAAAGCAAUGAUCUUAAAGGUCAAGAAACUAUUGGUGCUCAUCUGGAGAAAAUAUUUUCUAGGUUCCCAUUCUCGGACCCUUCAGAAGCAUAUAAUGACGACGAAGUGAUAGAACUUACCCUCGAUGAUAUUGAUAUUGAAGAACCUCCAAAAAUUAUAUAUUCUGCUCCAAAAGAAAAGGUUGAGCAAAAAGCCGAAACUUCUGACAGAGAGAGGUUGUUUGAGGGUGGUAAUGAUGCCCAACCAACAAUGAGAACAGCUGAGGAGAUCAAAGCAAAAUAUAGAAAAGCUGGGGAUGCCUCUGCAGCUGCUAACCAAGCGAGAGACAAACUCCUAGAGCGCAAGGAAAAACUAGAGCAACUUAGCGAACGAACCGCAGAGCUGCAAAGUGGGUCGGAGAAUUUUGCAUCCAUGGCAAGUCAACUUGCCAAACAGAUGGAAAAACGCAGUAAAUGGUGGAACAUUUGAGAUGAAUCAUCUCCAAUUAUAUCUUAACCAAGGUCGUUAUUUUACUCAAUCAUCUCAACUAUAUCUUAACCAAGCUCAAUAUUUCGCCUCUCCCAUUGGAAUCAUUUCAGUCAUUUUUGUCAUAGUAGCAAGAAUUGUACAGGACAAUGUUGUUUUUACUUUUACAUUUGUUCAUCAUUUCAUAAGUCAUUGUCCCAAAAUAUGUAAGAAUUGCAAUUAUUGUGUAACUAAUAAUGUAAUUGAUAAUUUGAUUUGUUAAAGAUAUACAUGAUAU